UUUAUUUAUUUGUAUAAAAAAGAAUAAUUACACAUAUUGAUAAGCAAGCUUACAUCAAUAAUGGACUUUAAUUGCUAGCUUUUUUUUGGAGAACCGUAAGAAUUAUCAUUUCAAUUUGUAUCGAGAACUUAAAAUAUUACUAAAAUGACCGUUAGUGGAAUUAAUGUUGAGGUACAGGACAAAGUCCUCACGAUAUCAUUUGACAAGCCGGAAAAACUCAAUAGUAUUGAUAGAAAAGGAUAUAGAGCGCUUGGUUUGGUGUUGCGACAUGCGGCCAAAGAUGACAGUGUAACAAUUGUUGUUAUAACGGGCAAAGGAGAUUUUUUCACUUCUGGAAAUGAUUUAUCGCAAGUUAUGGACGGUUCUUCAGAUAUUGAAGCGCAAAUUAAAGAAGCAAACGUUAUAUUUAAAGAAAUGGUUAGCGCUCUAAUUGAAUGUCCCAAAUUGACUUUGGCGUUAGUAAAUGGACCUUGUAUUGGAAUUGGAGCUACAUUGGCUGGCCUUUGUGACAUUGUGUGGUGUUCAUCCAAAGCAUAUUUCUUGACUCCAUUUACAAAAUUGGGUAUUGUGCCUGAAAGUUGUUCUUCCUAUUUAUUUCCUUUAAUACUUGGACGCUCCAAAGCAAACGAAAUGCUAUUAUUGUCCCAAAAAUUAAGUGCUCAGGAAGCUUACAACUUUAAUUUUGUUUCAAGGGUAUUUGAAGACAACACGUUAGAUUCACAUAUUUGGCCAGCAAUUAGAGACUUCUCAGAACUACCCCCUGAGUCAAUGAAAAUAUCUAAAUCUCUCAUUCGUAUGCAUGAAAAAGAGGCAUUGUAUCGGGCGCUCAACGCUGAGUCCGAGGAACUUUACAAGCGUUUUACCACGGAGGAGUUCGCAAAUGCUUUGGUUUCGUUUGUAUCACGCAAAAAUAAGUCCAAAUUAUAAUAUUAAAAACAUAAAUUGUAAUCAUGAAAGUAAAUAUAUAAAUAUUGUAUGCUAUGUGGUAAAUUUUUUAAGUGUAAAAACUACUACUGAACUUUGUCAGUGGUUUAAAGCAAUAAAUGUGUUAUAUUUGGGACAAAGAAAAAUUACAUUCCUUAAACUAACCUCCAUCUAAUAUUAAUACAUUUUCAAGGAUAAAAAGCGGUUACUAUUUUCGUUAUGAUUUAUAUUGGAAUAAACGCAUUAAAUUAUGUAUAAUAAAAUAAUAUUGUAAAAGUUUAAAUAAAGUUGUAUUAUUUUUCGUUUUCA